AUGAAAUCACAAUCGCUUUGGGCAUUGGGCGCCUAUCUGUGCUCACAGGUCUGCGGGGCCGCCGUCUCCAACCAGCAACAAGUUCUUGGUCUGGGAAUUGAGAACGACCUAUUACAACACAAGUUCGACUCCGUCCUUCAAGAUGACGUGAGACAGGCUUGGAAAUUCUUGGAAGAGUCCAUGGACCUGGAAUCUCUGAAAAAAGCUUACAACAACUUCGAAAACGCCGUCUGUCCAAUCACAAGCUCUUUCCCUGUUGAUACCUUGGUGGCAAACAAAGAGGCAGAGGUUGUUACUCUCGACAAACUCCCAAAUUACCAGUUGAGAAUUAACAAGGCCAAGAAUGACCCACUGAGUCUUGGCGUGGACACCGUGAAACAGUCUGCAGGAUAUUUCGAUAUCAACGAAGACGAUAAACAUCUGUUCUACUGGUUCUUUGAGAGCAGAAACGACCCUGCUAAGGACCCUGUCAUUCUCUGGCUCAAUGGUGGCCCUGGCUGCAGUUCUCUUACUGGCUGUCUGUUUGAGCUUGGCCCAUCGUCGAUCAACGGUACCACACUCAAGCCUAUCUACAACCCAUACUCCUGGAACUCCAAUGCUUCUGUGAUUUUCCUGGAACAACCUGUGGGAGUGGGCUAUUCUUACAGCACCAAGUCUUCUGUCUCAAGCACCAAGGUUGCUGCCAAAGAUGUAUUUGCGUUCUUGGAGCUUUUCUUUACCAAGUUCUCGCAAUAUGCCAAAAACGACUUCCACAUCGCAGGAGAAUCCUAUGCCGGUCACUACAUUCCAAACAUCGCUGCUGAGAUUUUGGAUCACCAGAACAAGUCAUUUGAAUUAACUUCUAUCUUGAUUGGAAACGGAAUCACCGACGCUUUGAUCCAAUACGGCUGGUACGGUCCUAUGGCAUGCAAUGGAACCUUGUCUGGCUACAAACAGAUUAUUCCAGAUAGUGACUGUGAACUGAUUGACGAGAAGUAUCCAAGAUGUGCCAGAUUAAUCGAGGCUUGCUACAGAACGGAGUCUGCGAUCACCUGUUUGCCUGCAAACAUUUACUGUGAGACCAUCAUGGAGCCUUUCUCUAAAACUGGACUCAACUACUACGACAUCCGGGGCCCAUGUGAGACCGACGGCGAUUUGUGCUACUUCGGAAUGGACUACAUUGAUAAGUACAUGAACUUGCCAGAAGUGAAGCAAGCUUUGGGAUCGGAGGUCGAUUCCUACACUGGAUGUGACGACUCUGUGUUUAGACAGUUUAUCUUUAGCGGUGAUGAGCCUAAACCGUUCCAGCAGUAUGUUGCACAGGUCUUGGAAGCUGGCUUGCCCGUUCUUAUCUACGCUGGUGACAAAGAUUACAUCUGCAACUGGCUGGGAAACCUUGCCUGGACCGAGGCUUUGGAGUGGACCAACACCACGUCUUUCCAGAACGCAGAGUUCAAAAACUGGUACACUUUGGAAGACGGUCUUGCUGCAGGAGAGGUCAAGAGUAACGGCCAGUUCACAUUUGCUAGAGUGUACGACGCCGGCCACAUGGUCCCAUACGACCAGCCAAUCUCUGCAUUGGACAUGGUCAACAGAUGGAUCUCCGGCGACAUUGCAUACGAUUUGUAG